AGAAGUGGCAAACUACUACACUCUGAUCUUAGCCAAAGUGCCGAGAAGGGGUCGGAAAGUAUAACGCUGCAUAGUCUGUCAAGUAUUUUUUUUUUACAGCAAAGGAGACAGCACAAGGGCACAAAAAAGGAAACAAUGAUAAAAAAAAGCCCGCUACUUGCUGCUCCUGUAAAGAAUCCGAAGAGGUGGCCGAAAGGGGUGUCAAUUACUUGAUAUGGAUUAAAGUCAUGCAUGGGUGUGGCUGAAAGGAAAGGUUCAGAUGACGAGAUGAUGAAACGCUACGCCAAGGCCAGGAGUCAGCGCGAAGCCUUCCUGAGAGAACGAUUGGUGUGUCAGCGUCGUAAUCAAUAAACUUCAAAGCUCUUCAGGAGUGCUUGGGAUCAGAAGGACAAAACCAAGGGAUUGACAUCAGGCGAGAGGGAGCGCGUCGGCACUAACACCCUGGAACAGCAGUUUAGCAGAGAGCUUGUCGCCUUUACUUGAUUUGUGUCCCCCGCGGUGUUAAUAGUGUGGGAUUAAGAGGAAACAUGACUGACGGAUGAGCGCUAAGGAAGGGGGAGCACGGCGCUUAGUGGAGGCCUCGUCUCUUUGUGUUGUCCCGCCGGUGCAUUACGUCUGUGGUUCCCAGGCAGCACACGCGGUCAUCAGAGCAAUGGUUCGGCAAUUAAGUCCAGAAGCAACAGGAUUCAUGACGCCGGGUGUGCAACGAGCCGUGUGUGUGGGCGCGGCGCCGAUCGCCCACACGCCCACGUUCGAGUAGGAGGAGGGUCAGCUGAGGGAGGACAGCGGCCCCGCCCCCGCCCCACCCUCCUUCCGCCCCGCCUCGCCUGCCCUCCUGCCUCAGUUGGCGGCCGAGGACGGUCGUGUACACGUCGCCGCCACUUGCUCCGGACCCGCGCGCCACACAUUGAGGCGCCACGCCACCCCCACGCCAUCACGACACACUGGUGUGCACGGUGCCCAACGCGACCACUCACAAGAGGUAAAAACAAACACCCGAAACUAUUCCUGGAAAGUUUAGGGCCGCGACACGCGAGACUUGACCAAAAGUUUGACAGCUGCCGCGUCGCGAUGAUGGGAAUGGAGUGAGGGAGCGACGAGGCGCCCGCCGCCCCAGGACGCCCCAGCUGGCUGUCCCUCCGCUCCCCUCGUGCCCAGGACGAACGCCUCAGCCCGCGAGGCUGCUGAUGCUCGGGACGAUGAUGGGUUGGCGAGGCUGAGGCUGAGGCCGAGUGUCGCGCCUCACUGUGCUUCGUCUGAACUCAGUCGCUCGUCAGCCCCGCGAGGGUGAGGCUGCGUCGCUCAGAGGGACACGGUAGCGCUGAGGAGUGGGUCAGGAUUUUCUCGGUCAUUAAAACAAAACUUGUGUAAUAUUUCUGUAAAAAGUUAAAUUUACGAGACUCCCUCUUGACCUGCUAAACUUUUGGAUCCGUCUGUCAUGAAGUGAAGACGAGGCGCUCUGCUUGAGUCCGGGGAGCGAUGAGGCCCAGCUUGACACAGGGAUAAAUGAUGCACACCGCACACACUCUCCGCCUCAUGACGGCGGCCGCGACGCUCCGCGCGCACCACACAGACUCUCGGGCGUGAGCGGAAAAGACACUGACUGACUGACUGACCCGAUCGCCGAAAGGAACAUGGAGUAACGCAUCGCGGGUUGAGGGCAAAAACAACCAAAGAGGCGACCGUACUGUUGAGCGUGUGGCGUGACCCAGUGACUUCCUUCCUCAGUCCUUCUCUUCCUACCGUGGAGAGCCAUCAUGGAGCUCAUGGCGGGGCCCAUCAUGGACAUUGAGGGCUCGGGGAACAUCACGGCGGCACCCGAAUGGUGGAACGUCACGAACGUGGACGUGGACGUGUCGGUGAACUGUUCACGGACCUUUUGCCCCGUGACGAACGUGACGAAUAGCACGUGCGUGGAGUGUCCGUUGCUGGACGAAGAGGGCAACAAGUACAACCUGCCGUGGUGGAACGAGCUCAUCUGGUACGUGGUGUUCAUGGGCAUGGUGAUCGUGGCCACGGGCGGCAACACCAUCGUCAUCUGGAUAGUGCUGGCGGACAGACGCAUGCGCACCGUCACCAACAUCUUCCUCGUCAACCUCUCGGUGGCCGACGCCAUGGUCUCCACCCUCAACGUGAUCUUCAACUUCACCUACAUGCUCAACCUCAAUUGGCGAUUCGGCUUCGUGUACUGCAAGAUCAGCCAGUUCGUGUCCAUCCUGUCCAUCUGCGCCUCCGUCUUCACCCUCAUGGCCAUCUCCUUCGACAGGUAGGUAACACACGCGUCUCGCUGCCUCUCUCCUUCAGGCUCUUCAUCUCUGCCCUCCGUCUUUCCUUCCACUCACCAGCGGCACUCACCGGGCAGGAUGAAUAGGAGCAAAGAGGCGAAAGUUACGAGCUAUCUUCAGUAUAUGCGUAUACGUGCGUUCAUACAUUUACAUAUACUAAUACAUACAUACAUACAUACAUAUAUACACACAG